AUGCCACCAAACCCUACGCGUGUUCCUAUUAGAAGAACUUCUCGUCGUUUCUCUUCUGCCCAUGUCCCUUUACCUGUCUAUCUCGGUGUUGAUAUUGAGCUGCGUGAUGAUAAUACAAGUCUUUAUGCUAUUUCAGUUCAUGAUGGUAUGUAUUCCACCGACUACUAUCAAGGCGAAUUGAAAAAACAUGAUCUUUGCAAGUCUCAAAAAGAGAUCAUUGUUGAAGCCUUUACCAAAUUGCAUGAAAUUGUUCAACUCUAUGCUAUGGCUCAAAACUACAAGGUCCAAUUGAUUGCUUGUUCUUACGACAUUGGAGUCCAGUUUUUCAAGAACCAAGAAGAGCUUAUUGACCUAGAAGAGGUUAUUACCAUGUCUGAAUAUUGGCAAGAAUUAGACGCACUUCCCUUCCGAGUUGAAACACACGCUGGAUCUGCAGAUGAGCGUGCUAGUGCUGCUGUUCGUAAGGCUGUAAUGUGGUUGAGUCCUAAAUAUCCAGGUAAUCUUCCCCGUAUUUCUGUCGGUUAUCGCCAUGAGGUUGAAGUGGAUUUUAAUCAUAUCAUUCAUAUGGUCAAGUGUACAGACUAUGAGCAAACUGUGUCCAAGAAGACCUGGGACCUGUUCCAGAAUAUGGCUAGUACCUUUAAAGAAAGAAAACUGAAGGUUUCUUUCUUUAACUCUACUCCUCAAGGUGGAGGAGUUGCUUUAAUGCGUCAUGCUUUGGUAAGAUUGCUUCAUCUGAAUGAUGUGAAUGUCCAUUGGUAUGUUGCUCGCCCCAAGCCAGAAGUGUUUGAUAUCACAAAAAGAAAGUUCCAUAAUGUCCUUCAAGGUGUUGCUGACCCCCAUGUAUGGUUGUCUGAUGAAGACAAGCAAGUCUUCCUUGAUUGGUCUGAUGAAAAUGUCAGACGUUUUUGGUUAGACGAUAAGGGACCUAUUAAAACCUCAGAUGUUAUUGUCAUUGACGACCCUCAAGUAUGUGGUAUUAUUCCCUAUAUUCGCAAAUAUGCCCCCAAUACACGUAUCAUUUUUAGAUCCCAUAUUGAAAUCAGGUCAGAUUUGAUUAGGGAUCAUCCUGAAGGAUCCACUGCAAACACUUGGAAUUUCUUGUGGGAAUUUAUCCAACAAGCUGAUCUUUUUGUUGCUCAUCCUAUUAAAGGAUUUGUACCUGAUGUUGUUCCUGAAAGAAACACUGUCUUGUUGCCUGCAGCUACUGACCCCUUAGAUGGUCUCAAUAAACCCAUGAAUGACUGGUGUCUCACUUAUUAUCAAUCUGUCUUUAACCGUGUCUGUGUUGAUUCAGGUGUUAAUGAAGUUGACUGGAACCGUCCUUACAUUGUACAAGUGGCUCGUUUUGAUCCUUCCAAGGGUAUUCCUGAUGUCCUAGAAUCUUAUCGUCUUUUGCGUCUCAAGAUGGACGGUGAAUUUGAUGAUAUUCAAACACCUCAACUGGUGAUCUGUGGACAUGGCUCUAUUGACGAUCCUGAUGCUACGCUUAUUUUUGAACAAGUGCAAAACAUCAUUGAUUCUACUAAAUUCGCUCAUAUUGCCAGUGACAUUAUUGCUGUUCGCUUACCUCCUUCAGAUCAACUUUUGAACAUGAUUCUGCGUGGUGCUUAUAUUGCUUUACAACUGUCUCAUCGUGAAGGAUUUGAAGUCAAGGUCACUGAAGCAUUGUACAAGGGUGUGCCUGUAAUUGCUUAUGAAGCAGGUGGUAUCCCUCUACAGAUCAAGCAUGGGAAGGAUGGCUACUUAGUGCCUAUUGGUGACGUAGAGCAAGUGUCAGAUAUCAUGCAUAGCUUAUUCAAGGAACCUGAGUUGCAUCGCAAGAUGAGUAUGGCUGCAAAGGCUUGUGUGACUGAAGAAUUCUUUACUAUCUGGAAUGCCAUGUCCUGGCUUCAUAUGUUCCUUGAAUUGACUGUCAAGCAGCCUGAUGAAAUUCAUCAACAGGGUGGUUUGCUCAACGAAACUACUUUGGAUCACACUAAUCUUGGUAAUCAACGUAAAGUAUCAGAGCUUUGGAGAGAAAAGUAUGGAUAUCAUCGUGAAGAAUAA